UUUCCUCACUUUGGUCUAUGCAAGAGUUCAUCACUGUCUCAAGGAACCCGAGUUUCAUAUCCAAGUGUUUACAACUACAACAUGACUAUUCAGAUUUAUCUCUAUCUGCUCAUAUGGUCUCAAGCUGCAGAGGCUUUAACAAAUCAACUAACAGAUUUGGGGGAAAAUGUGACCAUAAACUGUGAUCUUCGUGAAAAAGAGGUUUUUUGGAUUUUCCUAAAACUUCUAGAUUCUCCGGUUGUGAUAAUGCGCUCUUUUUCAAACUUAUCUCCAUUUCACUUCAAUGAAAGAUUCACCCUUAAAUAUUCAGUGCACUCUAAAAAUAAUCUUUUCAUAAAUAAUGUCACUAUUGAUGAGUUAGGAGUUUAUUACUGUAUGAGCACAGACCCAGUUCCUAAAUUGAGCAAUGCCACCAGACUACACAUCAUUCAACCAACUCCAUUAACUGAGUGCCAGAAUCAUAUAGUCGAACAGUGUAUUCAGCAGAAUCAGACGAUGGUGAAGUACAUUCAGCAGAAUCAGACGUCAUGGCAGACUCUUACUCUCGUAUCUGCUCUGUUCAAUGCUGUUUUGGUCGUUGUGGUUAUCGGACAUUUGAAGGUUUGUGUUGUCAGAAGGUCUGUCAGAAGGUCUGCAGAACAACAACUUCAUAAUACUGACGUACAGCCGACACCAGAUUUACAACAGCAUCUAGAUCCAAAUCAAUUACAGCAUGCUGAGGUGGACAGUUCCACACUGUAUACAAAUAUUCAUCCCGUUCGAGUCAAUAGCGGUUAUGUUACAUUACAACUGCCAAAAUAAUACACAAAUGUACAGCUGACCUCAUACACGCUUAUUUCAUAGUGGAAGAUCAAGCACAGAACAAAAAACUAACGCUCUGGUGUUGUCCAAGUGCACAUGAUAAUGGUUGUGGUUUGGUCUGCAAAAGUGUUGCAUCUACACAAGUGGUCUGCACUUUGACCCAGUGAAGUGUUUUUCCUCUUUGUCUUCUGUGAUGUUAACAUUUGAUCUGUGUUCCCAACAAGUGUGUGAUAUUUUAUGAUAUGCUGAAGUAUUAGAUAUUUCACAGCAAACUGAAUAUUUCAGCUAAUGCCAUGUUCAACCAUGUUUCUUAUUGAAUUAAAGUGCCAUGCAAUCCC